UCCUGGGGGCAGACAACGGAACUAACAACUUUAGAGUGGAGGUGUGGACUGUCUAGACCGAUAAGUGACCGACCACCAUGGCCAAAAAUUGACCUUUUUUUCGAACUCAUACUCUGCUAUGUUCACUGCCUAACCUUUUUCGGACCAUUGUAAAUUUAAAUCUCUUUAUACGAUGGGGAUUCAAGAUUUGCAGACUUUUAUCCAGUCCUACGCCCCGGGCGGCUGCGUGUCCAUAGACCUGCUGAAAAUUGCAGCAAGGAACAGAAAACCACAGCCGCUUGGACGGAGACUUCGUCUUGUUCUGGAUGCAGAAUGUUGUCUCGACAGACUUUAUGGAGGAUACUUCUCAGACUGGGCCAGUGGUGGACAGUGGAACAGAAUGGUGCAAUUCUUGUCCACUUUGAUUCAAAAUAUGCAAGCACAUGGCAUAGAGCUUGUCGUAUUUUUCAAUGGGUGCUUGGAGCCUGAUAGAGCCGAGCAGUGGCAACAAGCACAGCAGAGCGUACGCCACAGGGCGACGUCUAUUCUUCGUCAUCUUGCCUCUAAAGGCACUCCUCCACCAAAGGUUUGGUGGAUUGCUCCUGAGUGUCUCCGCACAUGCCUCAGGAUGGCUCUGAGGCAUCUCAAUGUCUCUGUGAUGUGUAGCAUGUACGACCACAGACAGGAGGUGAUUGCCUUCUGCAGAGAAAAUAACUACAAUGGCUUGCUAGUCGAGGACCCAGAAUAUGCAGCAUUUGAUCCUCCAAGGUAUUUUUCGUCACAGCAGCUCAAGCUCACUUACAAAGGUGCUCUUGAAACAAAAGAAUACUUGAUGGGCAAAGUUGCUGAAGCGCUGGAGUUGUCAAACAAUAAGCUGCCUGCAGUUGCUGCUCUUUUGGGCAACCACCUGAUCUCUGAGGAAAGUCUUGACCCGUUUCACAGAAAAAUUUGCCCUGGGCACCAAACUGGAAAGAUCCCAUCUGAUGUUCUUGUGAAAGCUGUUGCUUCAUUUGUGAAAGGACUGGGAUCUGCCAUGGACGAUGUUGAUGAAAUCGUUGCACAAGUUUUUCCUGGCUCAGGCUCCUCUCACUUAAGGAGCAAACUUCAAGCUGCAUUCAAAUAUUACAUGAAUGGUACGAAGGAAGGAUUCCUCAGCUAUAAGAGCGGUGCCAGAGGGCGCAAUGGCAAAAGCAGGACCAAGUCAAAGUCUGAAAAUGAUAAAAAGCCUUCUCAGUCUGAGCCCCAAGCCUUGAAAUUCGCAUCUGACGCUGCUGAUUCCCUUGAGGCCCUUCAACCAACACCCUCUAUUAAAGUUGACCCUCCUAGCACAGAAGACUGUUCCAACGAAAUUACAGUAACCAAUGGACUUGCAAGUCUGCAACUCAGCUCUUCAAGUUCCAGCAGCACAAGCAGUGCUCCAUCACCCAAUCCGGCAAGCCACGAUGCUGAGCUCAACCUGGCAGGCUUGGUUUCUGCCGAGGUAUUGCGCACAGCCAGUGAGAGACACUCAAAAGGCAUGAUGGCGCCGCAAAUCCACCAAAUCCUGAGCCUGGGACAAAUUAGACUGUCAGCUGUUCUUGAAGAUGAAACAGAAUUGCCAUUGGCCCAUCUGUUCUUCCGACCUGUGCGACAAAUGGUUUACGGAAUUUUGUUCAAUCUGCAUCACCUGAGUUUCCUGCAAAGUCACAAGGCAGCCAAAGACAAGGCAACUCAAAUUGCUCACAUUAACCUGGACUCGAUUGCCGUUCAAGAAAUUGUGUGGCUGAAGGAUUCAUCCCGAGUUGACAGAGUCAAGCCUGAGAGAGUUGGUUGGGGAGUGCCAACUGUCCAGCGUCUUUGGUUUGGCUCCACUGUUGACGACAAACGAAGACGACUGAGAGCUUUUUUAUCGUGCAUGAGAUCUGACACAACUAUGAUUCUCAAUCCUCAUUAUGUGCCCCAACCAAUGCUGCUAUUUGCUUGUGUCAUCAGAUACAUCAUGUCACACACGGAUCAACCCAUCCUAAGAAAGCAGGAAUUAGACGCACUGAUUGCACAGGCUUUCUCCCCUGAACUGAUAAACGCUAAUUUCCUGCAAGAUCUCCAAUUACCUAGACUGAAUGUGCGAGGUGUCCAAUUGGCUGCACUGGUGAUGAAUGGCAUUGAAAAUGCCCUGCUGGCCAAUGACGCCUGCGGAGCACCCAUUCCGUGGCUGAUGUGCUGCCCAUGGCUUUAUUUUGAUGGCAAACUGUUUCAAUAUAAACUGUUGAAAGCUGAGAACGUCAGGGGACUCCCUGAAUUAUGUGAUCACCGUAUGGAUGACGUGCUCAAAAUUGAACGCAUGAAGGAGGCCAUCUUGGAGGGCAUUAGCCCUCACUUUGCCAGGGUUCCACCCCCGCAACCGAUGCCACUGCCGCUGCGAGUGCCUCCACCGGUCAAUCUCAUGCCCACCCCGCUCAUGCCAGUGUUUCCGCACAACGGCAGGGGUGGUGGCGCCCGGGGCCGAAACAUGGUUGCUGAAGGAGGACGUCUCCGGGUUGCGGGGAUCGUGGUUGGACAGUGGGGAGACAAUUACGGCAGUUCCGCCAACGGACGCUCCCAACCCAACAGGAAUGUUCCUUUCCAGCAAGCUGGUGGAAAAGGUUACAUGAACUCUGGAAUGCCAAAUUUGUAUCAGAACUACAACGCACGCGGUGAUCCAAAAUCGGUCCGACUGGCCGUCCGAGGUCGCGGAGCUGUGCAGAACGGCCGUCGCGGUCGUGCGACUAAGAAACUAACCCCAAAUGGGACCAUCAGCAAGGGUGGCAAAGUCGGUCCGGAAUCAAAGUCGGCCAGCGCGCUUAAGACUGAAUCGGGAUCGCAGCCGAACGGACACCCCGAGGAGAAGACUGCUAGUCUGCAAGAGCCGUCUUGCCAGUGAGUUGGUCUGCUGACACGCUUAACUAAGACUUAAAAUGUGGGCCACAAGGCCUGCUCAACUGAUAUUUUUCUAUGUUUGUUAUUUUGUUAUACUAAAGAGCGAUUUUCGGGAUUUUUAUCUCGAGUUCGCCACCGAUGAUGCCAACAGGUAGGAAUGGUUGUGAGUGUUCAAUCCAAAAGAAAUUGUGAUGACUCUUGUGAUAAAAUCGAAGAUAUUUUGACACAAACAAAACUCUUGUUAGGCACGCUGCGUAGAUUUCUUUGCAUUGAAUACUUUGAGCCAGCCGGACGGUGCCUAACCACUUAGGCUGAAACUUCGGUAUUUUUUUACAUGCUGCUGUUUCUACCAACAAAUGGCAAGUGGCUGUUCAAAACCUUGUCAACGACCACUACAAGGCCCACUCACUACCAAAUCACAGUCUAAAAUUUGGCUCAAUCGGCCAUCGAACCACAACACUGAAUCUAAUGUCACUAAAAUGCCUGGACAUUGUCCUGCAGUGCGAGCACCGCAGGAUUCACUUAGUCGCCACCAAUUAUUUAUUAUGCAGUUGCUGAUUAAUUCUAAUUUCUGCGCAAUUUUCUUAUUUUUCAGUUAUUUGUCUUUUUUAAAUUUUUAGUUGAAGUAAAGUAAUAUUUCAGUAGUUAAUUCUAUACUUCUCUGUUGCUGAAACGGUUUUUGCUUGGUAUACAUUAAUUUUUUCAAGAGGAGCUGUACACAGCUCCGCAAACUUGUCCAGUGCUCCGAACAGAGAACGAAAUACAUAAAAGCUUUUCACGCUGCCAGGGUCCACUGAUUAAAUCAUUGAUGCUUUGUUUGAAUCUAGAAUUAAGAAAUGAGAAUCUACCUUCACACUGUCACAAAACUGUGUCGUAUGAUGCAACCAUGUAAACUAAUAAAAUAACCUUUGCAGUUUUUGAGGCCCUGCAUUCCGGUGGAGGCAGAAGUCGCGCCUCAUAAUUACACUAGUAGUAAGCUUGGUUCUGAUGAAACAUGGAAAGCUAUCACAUAAGAAUUGAUAAAUUGAAUGCUCUUAACGAGCAAUGGCUGUCCCGUGCCAAUUAGCAUUAAAAGUAUUGUUUAUCUUUCCCAAAUGAAGAUCUCCUUUGGAGAAAUUUACUGUAUUUGUUAAUGUGAAACUAGCACACGAUCAGGAUAAUGUUUUGUAGCAGCGAAAGUAUUUAUCGUUAAAUGGAGAAAAUUUGCAGUCUAAUAAAAAUAGGCAUUAUAGGUUAAUAUGUGUAGCUCAUCUGACUGUUGCUUUCUGUUGUUGCUCUUAUCACAGUGGACCCUUGGUCAAAAGCUUCCCUGCCCUUUUCAACGCUAAAAGGGAGAGGACUAUCUGUACUAUACAAAUAGAAGAACACAAUACUCGGUUUAAGUUUUUAUGCGACAAAUUACGCCAAUUUAGUUUACUCUGCCCCGUGUAUUGCUAAAACAAUUAUUAUCUCACUUCUUAAGAAUACGAAAUGUCUUGAAUAUAAUGAGUAAUACAGCAUGGAUAAUGUGCUUUUGAUGUUGGAUUUAAGGGCAGACAAAACACAAACUGAAAACGGUUGGCAUUAUUUCACUCCACAAGAUUGUCUUCACUGCCGUUUCGAUAUCAGAAGGACAUCUUGGAUAUCUGAACCUUGAACUGUUUUUUGGUUGUUUAUUUGAGAUCUGCAAUGGAGUGGUAAUUUUUGCAGUUGGAUAGUUGUGCAGAUAAACCAAAUAAAGAAACAAAAUUAAAUCAA